AUGACCUUAUCGCGAUCACCCUCUCCCCGCCCGGGCGGAGGGUGGUCCAGUCCGGGACUCGUUCCGGCUAGCGGCACCACAUCGCCAGGCGGUCCAUCGCCCGGUUCAUUAUCCCCAGGCACACCAGGCGGUAUUUCGUGGGCUGCAGCCAAGGCAAAAAGCGAAGAGGUACGCGGGUAUCCAUCAUUUGCUACACGGAAUAGCGGCUUCUUCUCUCGACAACGACACAAGAUCUCGACUCGGCUUUCUAGCUUUCGAAAGCUUUCAUCACAUGAAUAUGUUGAUAAGGAUGACUAUGAACGGGACUGGAAACAUGCGAGUGGUGGACGUGGCAUGCUAGGCGCGUUACGGAUACCAAUCCGCCGGGGUCGGUUGCGGUUGCUGUUUGCACUCUUCUUGAUGUGGAUUGGGUAUCUAUUUUUCUGGGCGAGCAUUGUCCAAACAUACCGCAGAUCACCAAUAGGCGGCGGGAAUAAGUUCGUCAUCAUACUCGGGUCGAAUGUGGAGGGCGGUGUUAUGGAAUGGAAGGGUGCACGUGAAUGGGCCAUUGAACGAAACAGCAUAUGGAACAAGAAGAAAUAUGCAACAAAAUGGGGUUACGAGCUUGAGCUGGCUAAUUUGCUGGCUAAGAAGCGAUAUUCACAUGAGUGGCGCGAGAGCUGGGAGAAGGGCGAUGUGAUCCGCGAAGCCAUGCGCAAGUAUCCAGACGCAGAGUGGUUUUGGUGGCUCGACUUGAACACCUGGGUGAUGGAAUACGGCACCUCGCUCCAGCACCAUAUAUUCAAUGACCUCGAGUCACUCGUCUACCGCGAUAUCAACGCAUAUAACCCUCUUAACCUCACCCACCCCCUCCCUGAGUUCUGGCUCGACGACCUAGGUCGUGCCCUUGAGGGUGACGGCAAGGCGGACUCUUUGAAUAUGCUUCUGACGCAAGACUGCGCCGGCUUCAAUCUCGGAUCCUUCUUCGUGCGACGGUCUGUUUGGACCGAACGCCUGCUCGACAUCUGGUGGGAUCCCGUCAUGUACGAGCAGAUGCAUAUGGAAUGGGAGCAUAAAGAACAAGAUGCUCUGCAGUAUGUCUAUCAAAGUCAACCGUGGGUUCGCAGUGGUGUUGGCUUUUUGCCACAACGCAGCAUCAAUUCUUUCCCUCCUGGCGCAUGCGGCGAGGGCGAUAACCCAAUCGUUCACUAUCAGCAGAACGCACAUGACCUCGUUGUUAACAUGGCUGGGUGCAUGUUUGGUCGUGAUUGCUGGUCUGAAAUCUACUACUACCGUGAGCUGAGCAAUUGGCUUGGCCGGUCGGGUUGGGAGCGAUUCAGGGACGGUUUAGGUGAUGUAUACGAUCGAAUGACGGGGAAGCCGCCUAAAGAUGAUUAA